CAUGAUUUGAUUUUGAAGUCUCUUUCUCCUCCACCUCUCACUCUCUAGUGUACUAUCUCUUCUCAAUUCAACAAUGGCUCUCUGUUUCUUCUCCAAUGGCUUGAAAAUUCGUUCACCAAAAGUCCGUAACUUGAAAAGCACAUAUGUUUUUCAACAACCCAUUUCUCAAAACCAAUUAAACCUCCCAUUAAAUCUAUCAGAGCCCACAAAAAUUUACAAGAAAAAUUCUUGUUUUUCAGUUAAAGCUUCAGCUUCUCCUUCCCUUGAAACAACCAAAAGUUCAUUCAGAAACAAAAACCCAAAAGACAUUAAUGUACUAGUUGUUGGUUCUACUGGUUACAUCGGUAAAUAUGUUGUCAAAGAGUUGAUAAAUAGAGGAUUUAAUGUCAUAUCUGUUGCUAGAGAAAACAGUGGAAUUAGAGGUAAAACAAGUAAAGAAGAAACCUUGGAACAAUUGCAAGGUGCUAAGAUAUGUUUCUCAGAUGUUACUGACUUGGGUGUUCUUGAAACUUCAUUACAGAAUUAUGGUUCAUCCAUUGAUGUUGUUGUUUCAUGUCUGGCUAGUCGUUCCGGUGGGAUUAAAGAUUCAUGGAAAAUUGAUUAUGAAGCGACAAAGAACAGUCUACUUGCAGGUAAGAAAUUCGGUGCUUCUCAUUUUGUUUUGCUUUCAGCAAUUUGUGUACAGAAACCAUUACUUGAAUUUCAACGUGCUAAGUUGAAAUUCGAAGCUGAAUUGAUGGAAGAAGCCCAAAAUGAAAAUGGUGUAACUUAUAGUAUUGUUAGACCAACUGCAUUUUUUAAGAGUUUAGGUGGACAAGUUGAGCUAGUUAAACAAGGUAAACCUUAUGUAAUGUUUGGUGAUGGGAAAUUAUGUGCUUGUAAACCUAUUAGUGAACAAGAUUUAGCUUCAUUUAUUGCGGAUUGUGUAUUGAGUGAAGAUAAGGUUAAUCAAGUUUUGCCGAUCGGUGGACCUGGGAAAGCGUUAACUCCAUUAGAACAAGGAGAAAUGUUACAUAGACUUGCUGGUAAAGAACCCAAGUUCUUGAAGGUUCCAAUUGGGAUUAUGGAUUUUGCAAUUGGGGUUCUUGAUGCACUUGUUAAAGUAUUUCCUUCAUUGGAAGAUACUGCAGAGUUUGGGAAAAUUGGAAGAUAUUAUGCUGCUGAGAGUAUGUUGGUAUUGGAUCCUGAAACUGGGAAAUAUAGCGCUGACAAAACACCUAGUUAUGGGAAUGAUACACUGGAGGAUUUUUUUGCUAAGGUUCUUAGAGAUGGAAUGGCUGGUCAAGAAUUGGGAGAACAGACAAUUUUCUAAAUUUACUCGGAUUGUAAGAAUUUGUGAUUCAAGAGUUAUACUUGCACUUCCAUUGAAGUUUCAGGCCAAUUUUCUGAAUACAUCUGGAUUCGUGGUAUGUGGUUCUCUUUCCCUAUGUUUUACAUGUUGUUGUUAUUAAAACCCUACAGUAAUCAUUGUUUAUCAUAAAAGCUAUAAUAUGACAUAUUGAUCUUGUAAACUAUCUGAAGUCUUCCUACUAAUUAUGUUCAUUUCAUGAAUGAUCUUGUGUUUAUGCA